AUGCAAUCUUCACUAAGUCAACUACAUUCAACUGGACAUAUAAAUUUUAUUAAUGGAACGACUAAUAUCUUCAACCAGCAACCAUCUAAGCAAAUAUCUCAGCAAUUUACUCCACAGCAGCAGCAAUUAUCUCGGCAAUUUUCAGCUGGGCAGAUAAAUUUUAUUAAUGGAACAAGUAAUAUCUUCAAUCAACAACCACCUCCGCAACCAACUCAACAACUGCUUCAGCAAUUGCCUCCAGCUAGACAUGUAAAUAUAGUGCAACCUCCACCACAUCAACAGCAAUUAACUCGACAACUUUCAACUAUACAUAUAGAUUUCAUUACUGGAACAACUAAUAUUUUCAAUCAACAACAACCUCAGCAAUUGCCUCCAGCUGGACAUGCAAAUAUGGCGCAAGAGUUUAUAGCUGGAAUCACUAACAUAUUUA